AUGUUGGAGUGUUUUCAGAAAAGUUUGGACAAGUUUGACAGUUUGGGAGCUGCGACAAAAACCGCGGAGAAACAUGACGGAGUGUUACCUGUUGCUGAUGUUCCUAUAGAGUCGUCAGUCUCCUCUGAUGGACUGAUUGCCCUCAACCAGACACACAGACAGGCAGAUAUGGAGAGUGGAUCUCUGGCCAUGGACACCAGCACUGCUCCAGAUCCUAGAGUGCAGGCAGACUACAAUGUAGCCUGUCUGCGCCGUCGGGCAUGGGCAAAGAGCAAAGAUUCCACCUGGCUAGAAUCAGAAGAAGAGGGACCCCAACAGAACCAGAGGGCCGGGGAAGAGCAAACACCCUCAGAGGAAACAGGGCAAGUGCCUAACAACAUCGCCAGCUGGCUGAUUAAAUGCAGGACUCCCCUGGGAGCCUCCUUAGAUGAUCAGACUGCUUCUCCCAGCAAAGGAGUGCAGAAGAACGGCUGCAGCUUUGAAGAUGACCUUUCAUUGGGAGCUGAAGCCAACCACCUUCAGUCCAGUAACAAUAAAUCUGAAUCCUGCUUUGGGCUUGCGGCGGAUCAGAAGAGGAGUCAGUAUAAAGAGAGAGCAAGAAGUAUGAACUCCACAGGAUCAGGGAAGAGCAGCACUGUGUCCAGGUCAGUUCCCCUCGUCAGUCUCCACUCAGACUCAUGGAGGUUUCUGCAGGAAGUAACGCAGUGA